GAUUAAAUUUAAAGUUGAGGAGUGUUUGGAUUGUGGAACUACCAAGUUUGGUUGGAGGAAUUGCAGGUGAAGUGAAGAAGGAAGAGAGGGAGAGAGUGUGAGAGAAUGGAGAGCAUAGUGCACAGAAGGGUGGAAGUAAACGGCAUAAAGAUGCAUGUUGCGGAGAAAGGAGAAGGGCCAGUGGUGCUGUUCUUGCAUGGCUUCCCUGAACUAUGGUACUCCUGGCGACACCAGAUUAUUGCUCUCAGCUCCCUCGGUUACCGUGCAGUGGCACCUGAUCUCCGAGGCUACGGUGACACCGAUGCCCCUGCUCCGGUGACCAGCUACAGCGUUUUCCACCUCGUCGGUGACCUUGUUGCGCUCAUUGACUCUCUGGGUGUUGACCAAGUCUUCCUGGUGGGCCAUGAUUGGGGUGCCAUCAUCGGUUGGUACCUUUGCUUGUUCCGACCAGACAGAAUCAAGGCCUAUGUUUGCCUCAGUGUCCCUUUCCGUCCCUUCCUCGGAAGAAAUCCCCACCAGAAGACCGUAGAUAUGUUUCAAGCCUUAUAUGGAGAUGACUACUACAUUUGCAGAUUUCAGGAACCAGGCAAGAUGGAAGCUGCGAUGGCUUGCAUUGACACUGCGCAUCUGUUGAAGAACAUAUUUACGGCGCGCAAAACCGACUUUGACGGUCCCCCAGUUUUUCCAAAAGUGGGACAUAGAACUGGAUUUCCCUAUGCCCCACACACUUUUCCCUCUUGGCUCUCUGAAGAAGAUCUUUUUUAUUACGUUACUAAAUUCGACAAGACUGGCUUCACCGGAGCCUUGAACUACUACAGAAAUCUUAACUUAAAUUGGGAACUCACAGCACCAUGGACUGAAAUAGGAAUUGUGAAUGUACCGGUUAAGUUCAUUACUGGUUCCGCUGACUUGAUGUACACUUCCCCGGGGAUGAAAGAGUAUAUCCACAACGGUGGUUUCAAGAAAGAUGUUCCAACUCUGGAGGAAGUGGUAGUGCAGGAAGGAGUUGCACAUUUUAACAACCAAGAAGCAGCAGAGGAUGUCAGCAAUCACAUUUACCACUUCAUCAAGAAGUUUUGACAAUCAUUCUAAAGGUGAGGACGGCACAUCAAACAAUCAUAAUAUAGAACUGCACUCUAAAAUUUAGUUGAAUUGAAUAAAAUGUUAUUAGUUAUUACAGACUAUAACGCCGAGGCCAUUUUAUUGUAAGUUUUGAAGCUUGAAUGUACUCUUGUUUGUGCCAUAUUAAUAAGACAAUUUCUCAUCUU